AUCAAGGCGAUGUAAGAUCUGGCAGACUUCAGCAACAUCUAAGCUUUGGAAAGUGGCUGAAGUCUGUUUGGACGCAAUCACAAUUGCUGGCAAAACGGCUGACCUGAUUGGUGAAAAGACCAAUUAGUGGGAACAAGAUCAGAAUUUGGCAGCUACAGACGACUGAACAUGUAUGAAAUGUAAUAUGCGUUCAUCAAUUGUCUGUUUUUUUGUAAGUUGUUGAACUGAAUUUGGUCUCUUUCUUUUGUCGUCCAAUUCUCCCUCUGUUGUUCACCAUACGGCAACAGAUGACUGCACCUAAUCGCAUUUGGGAAAUUGAACCAAUGGAAAUGAAGUUCAUUGGCUGACAGCUGUACAUAAUUAGCCAGCCAGGGUAGAAGGGUCUGGGAUUCCUUUAUGAGGUGCAACCAAAACAGCUGUUAGAAAUAGCAUCCGGGAUAUUCUGGCAGGCUGUCGAGAAUUAGUUCUUGAAUACUGUUGUGGUUUUGAUCACUAAAAUGCCUGUGACUUUUGGACUCUCUUUGAGUGUUUCUUGGAUUUGUUGCCUGCUAAUUGGAGGGAUAACUUGUUUUACACUUAAAGGUAAUGCUCAUGGGCAUCCUACCUACACUGGACCUGAACCAACUGGAUCCUAUGCCCAAGCAAGUGUGGUGUCUGGUCCAAAUGCUAAAGCUACUGGCCAAAAUGCCACGUCAGCAGAAGCUACUGGCCACAAUGCCACGUCAGCAGAAGCUACUGGCCACAAUGCCAUGUCAAGUGUCAAGUCCGGCCCCGGCGCCUCAGCAGAAGCAACAGGCCCCGGCGCCUCAGCAGAAGCAACAGGCCCCGGCGCCUCAGCAGAAGCAACAGGCCCCGGCGCCUCAGCAGAAGCAACAGGCCCCGGCGCCUCAGCAGAAGCAACAGGCCCCGGCGCCUCAGCAGUAGCGUCCGGCCCCGGCGCCUCAGCAGUAGCGACAGGCCCCGGCGCCUCAGCAGAAGCGACAGGCCCCGGCGCCUCAGCAGAAGCGACAGGCCCCGGCGCCUCAGCAGAAGCGACAGGCCCCCGCGCCUCGUCAGCAGAAGCUACUGGCCACAAUGUCACGUCAGCAGAAGCUACUGGCCACAAUGCCACGUCAGCAGAAGCUACUGGCCACAAUGCCAUGUCAAGUGUAAAGUCCGGCCCCGGCGCCUCAGUAGAAGCAACAGGCCCCGGCGCCUCAGCGGUAGCGUCCGGCCCCGGCGCCUCAGCGGAAGCAACAGGCCCCGGCGCCUCAGCGGAAGCAACAGGCCCCGGCGCCUCAGCUGAAGCAACAGGCCCCCGGCGCCUCAGCAGAAGCAACAGGCCCCGGCGCCUCAGCAGAAGCAACAGGCCCCGGCGCCUCAGCAGAAGCAACAGGCCCCGGCGCCUCAGCAGAAGCGGCAGGCCCCGGCGCCUCAGCAGAAGCGACAAGCCUUGAACAGACGGCCCGACCUCUCAACUAGGGAGAUCAUAAUUUGGUUUGGCCAACUCUUUAAUCGUCUUAUCCCUGUUACCUUUACCCUUUUCUGCAAGAGGCACAGUAACUGAGGUGGGGAAAUGUGUGAACUAAUGCGCUUGUUUGAAAUGAGGAUCUCCUUCACUUGUACAUCGUCAUGCAAAUUGUAUACAGAGGUGGAUGAUACAAUGUUAUGAAUCGUUUUUAUAAACCUACGACUAAAUUGACUUCUGAUGUAGCGAUAUUGCAGACACACUUUUAGGUUCUACGGUUAUGCUUUUGAUUUAGCCUGGUGUUCCUGCAACUCUUGCAUGAUUUGCUCAAUAAACCAUUUGACUUUCAAAAAACCUUGUCCUUAAAAUAUAAUCUCUUCUGCCUACCAUGUGCUUGCUGUUUGGUAACAGACUGUGGGCCUGGAGUAAAAGGGAAUUUGCGUUUUUGUUAUACACUUGUCUAAACAGAUUUGUUUCUGCUAGUUUGUUCUAAAGUUUUCUAACUUGUCAGAGCUCCCUCAUAUGUUCAUACACUACCUGUCCCUUAGUGUAGGCUGUUUGCUUUACAGUAAUCUGCCUUUUUCCACCAAUGCCUAAAGAAUGUGAAUGCAGUGUAACUCAUCGUCCCAUUACCUGUCACUAACCUGUCCCAGGGACGCUGAAGUUUCUCCUUGACCUUAUUCAGAAACAUUAAAUCAACUUGACACAUUCUGACUGUUCUACAAUGUUGGUCUGGCCAGACACAUGGA